AUGCUGCUGAACCUCACCAUCCUCUUCGCGCUUCUUCCGUCCCUCAUUCGAGCCGCCGCCCCAGCCCCCGCUGCUCAAGCGGUGUUCCCCGAUCGAGAUCGAGUCCGACACACCUACAAGGAAUACCUCUCCGGCAGCUCGGAGCCUCGACACCCUUCUCCCGGAUACAAGGCUAAGGCAGCACAGAAGGCCGACAAAGAGGCUUCAGCCCUACGGGCUCCAAAGUAUGGGUACGAGGAUGCCGAGAAUGCGGCUUUCUACGCUAUGAGGGCGGAGGCUGGGGCGAGGGACCCCAAUGAGAAAGCGCCAUUUCCCCCUUAUAACACUUGGGAGGCCUACUGGGGUCUCAAGACAUUCGGCCACACCAAGCCUGUCCGAUGCAUGACGGCGGAUAACACGACCCUUUACGAUAUCGCCAUCUUGGGCGCUCCCUUCGACACCGCGACUUCCUGGAGACCCGGCGCUCGAUUCGGUCCGGGUGGUAUCAGGGGCGGUGCUCAACGGCUUGGGGGCGCGAAUCGUCUACUCGGAAACGAUGCAUUUCAAGAGCUCGAGAUCGUCGAUUGUGGAGCCUCAUUAACCGUCCGGUCUCAACUUCUUAAGAACGGUGAAGAGAGCUUGGCCCUCGAUGGUCAACACCAUCCAAGAGUGAUGAUGCUGGGCGGUGACCAUACUAUCGUGCUCCCUGCUCUGCGAGCCCUGAACGAAGUCUACGGACCUGUCUUGGUCAUCCACUUUGACAGUCACUGUGACUCGCGACACCCCGACAAAGGCAUCCUGACCCACGGCGACUACUUCUACUUCGCUUGGAAGGAGGGACUGAUGAGCGAGACCAACAUUCAUGCUGGUAUCCGAUCCAACUGCGACAUCCCUUCUGACCUCGAGACCAACUUCGCCACCGUCCUCGCCGACGAGAUCGAAGAUAUCGGGUGGAAGGGCGUGAUCAAGCGCAUAAAGGACCGAGUGGGUGACAGCCCCGUUUAUCUGACCAUCGACAUCGAUACCCUCGACCCUGCUUUCGCACCUGCCACAGGAACUCCAGAGAUCGGAGGUUGGACCAGUAGGGAGAUGAUCGAAAUCUUGCAUGGGCUCAAGGAUCUCAAGAUUGUCGGUGCUGAUGUGGUAGAAGUCGCCCCUGCCUACGAUACGACAGCUGAGAUCACGCAAAUUGCUGCAGCCGGCCUGGUAUUCGAGCUGCUCAGCAUGAUGGCGCUCACUCCCGUUGUCAAGACCUAG